AUUUGUUCUGUCUGUACAAGUUAAAGGGAGAAGAGAAGGUGAAGCCGAUAAGCUUGAAUUCAACACUCUGUCUCUGUGAUCCGAGCUGGAAGUGCAAGAAUUUGGGAUCCAUGUCAAUGUUCUAUUCUCACUUCUAAAGGAAAGUAUCUGAAAGCAACGGCAUGGAUUGAGAACAUGUAGGGAUGUACGGGAAAGGAGACUUAAGAUAUCGAAAGAGGGUUUUUGUGGAGAAAAAUCUAUAGUCGGCAAUGAAGCUUUAAGAGGAAUUUCAAAUCGAGAAUAAGGAAAUCAAAAGUUGUUUAUGUCCUUUUCAUGAACCAUUGAUUCAUGGAUCCUGAAGGCAAGAAGUUUGGAACAGGACCAAGGGAACUGACUGGCGCUGUUGAUCUUAUAAGCCACUUCAAGUUGUUACCCCACCAUGACUUUUUCUGCAAGCGGACACUUCCUGUAUCAAUUUCAGAUACACAUUAUCUUCACAACGUGGUGGGAGACACAGAAAUCAGAAAAGGUGAAGGGAUGCAGUUGGAUCAGCUUCUACAGAAUACAUCCUAUUCCAGGGAUACAAACGCCCGCAUACAACCAUUUGACCUUGAUAUUCUCAGAGAGGCUUUCUUGCUGAGGGAAUCUGCUCCCAUUGAGUUACCUCUUGCAGAGAAAGGGACUCCUACAAUUGCUGGGAAAUCGAAGAGUGAGUCCAAGGACAAGGAAAGGAAGCAUAAAAAGCACAAAGAUAAAGAUAAAGAGAAGGAUAAAGAGCAUAAGAAGCACAAGCACCGCCACAAGGAUCGAAGUAAAGAUAAAGACAAGGAGAAGAAGAAAGAUAAAAGUGUUAUUGAUCACAGUGCUGAACACUUGAAGAAACACCAUGAAAAGAAAAGGAAGCACAAUGGAGAUGAAGAUCUCAAUGAUGCUCAUAGACACAAAAAAAGUAAGCAUAGGAGUUCCAAAAUUGAUGAUAUGGGUGCAAUAAAGGUAGCAGGCUGAAAUGGUGGCAUAUUGUAGUUCAUUGUAUUCUCAAAUGGUCGUCGCUGAGAGUUUUGAAGGAUUUUUCGCCUAAUGUUGUCAAAUUGC